AUGAACAAUUUUCACGGUACUGUUCCCCAAACAUUCAUGAGGGGGAUCAAGAUGAUUGACUUGAGUCAAAAUCAAUUGCAUGGGGGCCUACCACUUUCAUUGUCUAAUUGUACAAUGCUUGAAAUUCUUGUUCUGGGAGACAAUCAGAUCGAGGACACUUUUUCCUUUUUGUUGGGAACUCUUCCUCAGUUAGAAGUUCUUGUUCUCCGAUCUAACAGAUUCCAUGGUGCCAUUGAGAAUCCUAACACCAAUUUGAAAUUUCCGAAGCUGCGGAUCAUUGACUUGUCUCACAAUGGUUUCUCUGGUACGUUGCCAUCAAAGUACUUCCGGAACUGGAAUGCAAUGAAAGUGGUCGCGAAAGGGAAUUCAACGUAUAUGCAAGUGGAGGAGAAACCAGGAGCUAUAGAAAAGGCUAAGUAUGUCAAAACCUGUCUUUGUUCAUAUGGUGGGAAUAUGGCAUUGUGUGGUGCCCCUUUAACAUUGUUAUGCGAGAAUUCAGAAACAUCACCCCUACCACCACUGCCACACAGCUCGCAAGGCGAUGAUUCAGAGUUUUCGAGGGGUAUUUACUGGAUCGUCAUAAUCAUUGGAUAUGGGAGUGGGCUGAUAGUUGGGUUGGUUAUUGGGCAGACACUCACCACGAGGCAUCAUGAAUGGGCUUACGGAGCAUUCGGAAAGGAUUUGGAGUAA